UUUGGGUGCUAUCGCCUUUCUCACAGUGAACGGGUUGGAGAGGCAAAGUAUGAGAGGAAAGGAGAGAGAGGAGAGAGGCCAUGGCUGACCAGGACAACUCUAUCACUGCUGAUGCUGUCAGUAGUUUUCUGCGGGCGGCUCGUUCUGGUAACAUGGACAAGGCCAUUGACCACAUAAAGAAUGGCAUAGACAUCAACACAGCCAAUCAGAACGGGCUGAACGGGUUGCAUCUGGCCUCUAAAGAAGGCCACGUUAAAAUGGUGCUGGAGUUACUACAUGGAGGCAUCGAUGUGGAAACCCAGACUAAGAAAGGCAACACAGCUCUGCACAUUGCUGCCCUGGCUGGGCAGGAGCAAGUGGUGGCAGAGCUGGUAAAUUACGGGGCCAACAUCAAUGCCCAGUCCCAGGUGAGACCCCAGCCAGUGUCGGAUGAGACCCCGACCCCCCUGGCAGAGCCCCCCGCAGAGGAGCCACCAGCCACAACGGAUAACCAUACAAAGGGCUUCACACCGCUCUACAUGGCCUCACAAGAGAAUCAUCUAGAAGUUGUGAAGUUCCUUUUGGAGAACGGGGCCAAUCAAAGCCUUCCCACUGAGGAUGGCUUCACCCCUCUCGCCGUGGCUCUUCAGCAGGGACAUGAGAAUGUCGUGGCCCUGCUCAUCAACUAUGGCACCAAGGGAAAAGUCCGUCUCCCCGCGCUGCACAUAGCAGCGCGGAAUGAUGACACACGCACAGCUGCCGUGCUUCUACAGAACGACCCUAAUGCAGACGUCCUGAGCAAGACAGGCUUCACACCGCUCCAUAUCGCCGCACACUACGAGAACCUGAACGUAGCCCAAUUGUUGCUCAACAGAGGAGCCAAUGUCAAUUUCACCCCUAAGAAUGGCAUCACACCUUUGCACAUCGCAUCCAGGCGGGGGAACGUGAUCAUGGUACGACUCCUGCUGGACCGAGGGGCACAGAUUGAUGCCAAGACCAAGGAUGAGUUGACUCCACUGCACUGUGCAGCCAGGAACGGACACGUGAGGAUCAUUGAGAUCCUACUGGACCAAGGGGCUCCCAUCCAGGCCAAGACCAAGAACGGCCUGUCUCCCAUCCACAUGUCAGCACAGGGGGACCACAUGGACUGUGUGAGACAACUCCUGCAAUACAACGCUGAGAUUGAUGACAUCACAUUGGACCACCUGACCCCCCUGCACGUGGCAGCCCACUGUGGGCACCACCGCAUGGCCAAAGUGCUGCUGGACAAGGGAGCAAAACCCAACUCCCGUGCACUGAAUGGUUUCACUCCGCUUCACAUUGCCUGUAAGAAGAACCACAUGCGUGUGAUGGACCACCUGCUCAAACACUCAGCGUCCCUAGAGGCUGUGACAGAGUCUGGCCUGACUCCUCUACACGUGGCCUCGUUCAUGGGCCACCGCAAAAUAGUCACCCAUCUGGUACAGAAGGGGGCUUCUCCUAGUGCUUCCAAUGUAAAAGUGGAGACUCCUCUCCACAUGGCAUGUAGAGCUGGACACUAUGAGGUGGCAGAGUUCUUACUGACCAAUGCAGCACCAGUAGACGCCAAGGCAAAGGAUGACCAGACACCACUCCACUGUGCGUGUCGGAUGGGCCACAAGGAGCUGGUCACUCUGCUGCUGGAACACAAGGCCAACCCCAACUCCACCACCACAGCCGGACACACACCCCUCCACAUCGCUGCCCGUGAGGGACACACUCAGACUACACGCAUCCUACUGGACAUGGAGGCCCAGCAGACCAAGAUGACCAAGAAAGGCUUCACUCCUCUCCAUGUGGCUUCUAAAUAUGGCAAAGUGGACGUGGCAGAGCUGCUGCUGGAGAGAGGGGCCAACCCUAACGCUUCUGGCAAGAAUGGACUGACUUCUCUCCAUGUGGCUGUCCAUCACAACAACCUGGACGUGGUUAAUCUGCUGGUCAGCAAGGGAGGCUCCCCACACAGUGCAGCUAGGAAUGGCUACACCCCUCUCCACAUAGCUUCCAAGCAGAACCAGGUGGAGGUUGCCAACAGCCUGCUGCAGUACGGCGCCUCGGCCAAUGCUGAAUCCCUCCAGGGGGUCACGCCCCUCCACCUGGCAGCUCAGGAGGGCCGGCCUGACAUGGUGGCCCUGCUCAUCUCCAAACAGGCCAACGUCAACCUGGGGAACAAGAGUGGACUGACUCCUCUCCACCUGGUGGCACAGGAAGGUCACGUGGGCAUCGCUGACAUCCUGGUGAAGCAAGGGGCAUCAGUGUAUGCUGCCACACGGAUGGGAUACACCCCUCUCCAUGUUGCCUGCCACUAUGGCAAUGUAAAGAUGGUGAAGUUCCUCCUGCAGCAGCAGUCCAACGUCAACAGCAAGACCAAGGUUGGUUACACUGCACUGCACCAGGCAGCCCAACAGGGCCACACAGAUAUCGUCACCUUAUUGCUCAAACAUGGAGCUCCGCCCAACGAGGUCACCACUAACGGUACGUCAGCCCUGUCCAUCGCCAAGCGGUUGGGGUACAUCUCCGUAAUCGACGUUCUCAAACUGGUCACAGAGGAGACGGUUUCCAUUACCACCACAGAGAAACAUCGUAUGAGUUUCCCAGAAACAGUGGAUGAGAUAUUGGACGUAUCAGAGGAUGAAGGAAUAGCACAGCUAACAAUGGGGGAGGAGCUGUUGGGGACAGAAGGAGCCAGGUACAUGAAGAUGGAUGACUUGAAGGACCAUGAUGACGAUUUCCUGUCACCCAAGAAAUCUAUGGACAACUACUCGCCUGCCAUUCCCAGGAUCCCUUGUGUAUCCCCAGAGAUGGUCCACCUAAAGGAGCAUGAGAUGGAGCAGGUACACACUCCAAUGCCAUUACAUAGGGAGUAUGAUGACGACUCCCUGAUCCCCAGCAGUCCAGCUACAGAGACUUCUGACAACGUCAGUCCUGUGGCCAGCCCCAUACACACAGGGUUCCUAGUGAGUUUCAUGGUGGAUGCUCGGGGUGGCUCGAUGCGAGGCAGCAGACACAACGGUCUGCGUGUCAUCAUCCCUCCACGGACCUGUGCCGCCCCCACACGUAUAACCUGCCGUCUGGUCAAGCCCCAGAAGCUCCCCACCCCUCCCCCCCUGGUGGAGGGAGAGGGCCUGGCCAGCCGUAUCAUCUCUCUGGGCCCAGCCAGCAUGCAGUUCCUAGGGCCUGUGAUCGUGGAGAUCCCACACUUUGCAGCCCUGGGUCGAGGGGACCGGGAGCUGGUGGUUCUGAGGAGUGAGAAUGGCUCUGUUUGGAAGGAACACCGCAAUCGCUACGGGGACAAUGUGCUGGAGACUAUCCUCAAUGGGAUGGAUGAAGAUCUGGAGAGCCAGGAGGAGCUUGGGAAGAAGCGUAUCCGACGAAUCAUCUCCACUGACUUCCCCCUCUACUUUGCUGUGGUGUCGCGUGUCCAGCAGGAGAGUGACCUGAUUGGCCCAGAGGGGGGUCAACUGACCAGUAAGCUGGUGCCGAUGGUCCAGGCUACGUUCCCUGAGACAGCGGUCACCAAGCGAGUCCGUCUGGGCCUGCAGGCCCAACCAGUCCCAGACGAGCUGGUUGCCAAGCUGCUGGGUAACCAGGCAACCUUCAGCCCCGUGGUGACUGUGGAGCCACGGCGACGCAAGUUCCACCGGCCCAUCGGCCUGUGCAUCCCCCUGCCCCCCUCCUGGAGAGAGAGCCCCCGGGACUCUGGGGAGGGGGACACCACCAGCCUGCGCCUGCUGUGCAGUGUCAUCGGUGGCACAGCCCCAGCCCAGUGGGAGGACAUCACUGGUACCACCAAGCUCAUAUAUAGCAAAGACUGUGCCAACUUCACAACCAAUGUGUCCGCACGGUUCUGGCUGGCUGACUGUCCUAGGACAGCCGAGGCUGUGUCUUUCUCCAACCUCCUGUAUCGAGAGCUCUCAGCUGUGCCCUACAUGGCCAAGUUUGUGGUGUUUGCCAAGAUGAACGAGGUCCGUGAGGGCCGCCUGCGCUGCUACUGCAUGACUGAUGACAAGAUGGACAAAACCCUGGAGCAACACGAGAACUUCAGUGAGGUGGCCCGCAGUCGUGACAUCGAGGUGAUGGAGGGAAUGCCGCUGCACCUGGAGUGUUCUGGGAACCUGGUUCCAGUGAGGAAGGCUACCCAGCAGCCUCGCUGUUUCAGCUUCCAGGCCUUCAAAGACAACAGACUCCCCGUCUCAGUCAAGGUGAGAGACAGUAGCAAGGAUCACUCUGGAUUCCUGUCCUUCCUACGCAAGUCUACCAAGUACGAAGACAGCCAACAUGUGCUGUGCAACCUCAACAUUACCAUGCCCCCGUGUAUCAAGGCUGCUGGUAGUGAAGACCGGAGGCGAACUCUGACCCCAUUAGCCCUGCGAGAGAGAUACAGCGCCAUGAAUGAGCCUGCCAUGGGUAAAGCAUCAAUGAGUGCCAUGGAAAGGACAGAGUUGAAGAUGGCUUUGAUAGCUGAACAGUUGGGACUGAGCUGGGCUGAGCUGGCGAGGGAGCUACAGUUCAGUGUAGAUGACAUUAAUAAGAUCCGUGUGGAGAAUCCUAACUCCCUAUUGGAGCAGAGUUCUGCCCUGCUCAACCUAUGGGCCACCCGUGAGGGCAAGAGAGCCAAGAUGGAUAGUUUGUAUACAGCUCUGAAGAGCAUUGACCGGAUGGACAUAGUGAACAUGUUGGAGGGCCAGGGGCCACAGCCUGCAGGGAGGCAGGCCCGGGAGUCAAGCAGACGCAGACGCAACGAGACUGACCACGUCUCCCCCAGCCUGAGCAAUGGUUACGGGCUGAUGCAGGAGGAGCUGCUCUCCCCUCCCUCCAUGCAGUACAGCCUGCCCUCCCCGCUGGGCAACGAGCCCUACUGGCAGGAAGUCUCCAGUCUGGAGUGUGCUCCAAUGGCCACCACUGAGGAGGACACGCUCAUGGAGAUGUCCGAUGUGCAGGUGUGGCCCUCUGGCAACAGCCCCUCCCUAGUGGCCGUGGAGGACUCCUCCCUGGAGUGCAGCAAUGCCGAUGACUCGGAGGGGCUGCUGGGGCUGCCAUAUGGGAGCCUGGGCCGGCCGGGCAGUGGGGCCAGCGGUGGGGGGCUGAGUGGAUCUAUGGAGCUGGUGGAGGACAACUCAGAGAUGGGGGCUGUUGACUCAUUCAGCACCGCCACACAUGCCACCCCUGCCUCGUUCAGCACCGCCACACCUGCCACCCCUGCCACCCCUGCCUCGUUCAGCACCGCCACCCCUGCCACACCUUCUUCGUUCGGAGGCACCAUCGCCGCCGCGGUCAACAACAUUAAUGGGCUGGACAAAGGUCAAGUGUCAAAUGUCGUGAGGUCGGAGGCAGCAGCGGUCGGAGGCAACAUGACGGGUGGAGAUGGAGCUGGAGGAGGAGGAGGAGGAGGAGGGACAGGCUCAGAGGAAGGGCUUUCUCUUGUUGCAGGACAACAGCAGCGGGUGUACGCCCGGCUGAGCGAGUCGCCCGGUCUGAGCCGCGUGGCAGAUCGUAAUGGAGACAGGUCCAGUGGUGGCAGUGGUGGUAGUGGAGGCAGCGGUGGAGGUGGUGGAGGCUCUUUCCUGUCCUACCUGCAGGAGCAGUCGGGUCCAGGCUGGCAACCUGUCACAGACCACACUCAGGCCUGGGUGGGCUCGCAGACAGCCAAACCCAGGCAGGCCAUGGACUCUAUGAUGUCAUCAGUACGCGCCGCCAUGGACAUGGACCCCAGCCAGUCCCGCGUGUCCCAAGAGGCCUUGCUUCAGCCAGUGCGUGACAUGGGGCACACGGAGAUCCUGCGUGGGCACUUCAGAGGCACCCAGCCAUUUGAGAAGGGCCUGGGGUUCCCUCACAGGGUGCCAGAGCUGCGGACCUGGGACGAAGUACGCCUGAGGGGGCAGGGUGACGAGGCCAAGGAUCUCCCAGGGGAACAAGUGAGCGAGGAGCAGUUCACAGACGAGCACGGAAACAUCGUCACCAAGAAGAUUGUGAGGAAAGUGGUGCGCAGGGGGAAGGGCUCAGGUGAUGAGGGGUGUCAGGAGCGUUCAGUGGGCGUGGAUGGCUCUCUGCAGGAUGAGCUGGAGGCUGAAGCGGAGCAGUUCAUGAACUACGCCGUCCUGAGCAGCAAGCCGGAUAUUGUGGAUGUGAAGAAGGGUGCUCAGAUAGUGAAAUGUGCCAGUCUGCGGAGAGUAAAGCAGUGAGGCAUGCAGACAGAGUGUCAGAGUGACACGUCCCCGCAGGAGUUGAACCCCACACCAAAACAACCCUACUUAGACACAUGACCGGCAGCAGGAGACAGGGGGAAGAGUGCACAUGAAGAGGAGUGUAAUAAUGGAGAUAAAAGAAGAGAGAUCUGAAUGACAAAACACCAACUUCAUAAUAACGACAACCACAACGGCUACGCCGAUGAUCUGCACGCACCGGAGAAGGAAAUGGAUUUACUUGUAGUUUUCGUACUUUUUUUUUUUUAAAGAAACAAUCAAAAAAACAUUAACUACUAGGCUAGAAGCAUGAUUUUGUAUAAAACAAAAACCAAACAGAGACAACAAAAAAACUAGCAACCAAAAUGUGCUUCCUGUUAUAUGUAUCAGCAUGAAUGACUGCUGGCGCAUGGCCUGUCUUUAACUACAGUACUAGGGGUUAUGGGAGGGGCGGGGGGGGGACCACUCCCAUGUGGGAUGGGAGGUCAUGAUGAGGUGUAGGGAAAGGUGAAUAUGUCAUACAUCCCUUUCCUGAAGAAAAAGGGCAGUGUUUGUUUGUGAAACUUCUGAAAAGGGAGUCUGUUAAAUACUCUGAAUUAUCUCUAGGCAAAGGUUUGCUCCCCUCUCCUUGUCACACUAAUCAAACUCUUCUAGCAAACAAACAAACAUCACCACAGGCUAGUUUCAGCCUUAUGUCCCACUGUCCCACUCCAGUAGCCUACACUUAGGAUGUUGGUGUUGUACAUACUAUAUGCACUUAAAUGAUACGUGACUGAGUGUUACAUGUGUUUUAUGUCACAAAAACCUUAUGCGAUGCUGAUGAUGAUGCUGCUGUUUCAGAUCUGCCCUGGUUUUCUUGUUUGGUUAACUCUAUGUGCAUAUUCUAUAUAUCUUGAUCUGUGUGGACAUAAGAACAAACAAAACAAUCUUUGUGUCAUUCUGCCUGUUUUAUCUGUCAGUUUUUGUUUGUCUGGUUAUUUGUUAUUUUGUGAUUUUCAUGUGCUCCCUCCCUUUGCUCCCUUCAUCUCACCUAUUGGCUUCAGAAACAUUUCAUAGUUCUUUGUGUUUUAGGACGAGGAGUUUCUGUGUUGACUUGCAUCCCCAACCCCAUAACCAACCUCCCCUUGAGUGGUUUGUGUGUUUCCAAGGUGAAUGUUAUUGGAGUAAAUGCUGGUGCGAUUAUUAGGACUUUGAAUAGGCCUUUCCCCUACCCUACAGUAUGUGUACAGCUAUAGUCGAGUUUGUCUGGUGGAUCCUGUCACCACCAUCUCCUGUAUGCAGCCCACUUCAGGCAUCUAUACACCCCAUCCUCCCUACACUCCCCCGUCCCUCUCAAUGUGGAUGUAGCAGUCCUGUCCUGUCCCUAUCGAUGUGGAUGUAGUAGUCCUGUCCUCUACCAGCAGGGGUCAGGGUUUCCUAAUAAUUAAUGUAGCAUCUCCCCUCUGCUGUGUCUGUCCAACAGCGACAGUGUUUCUGUCUGAUAUCACAGGAUAUAUCCAAGAAAGAGUUUACAGAUCAUCUCAGCACCUACCCGUCAUUCGAUAAGGGUAAAUAAGUAACUUGACCACCAUAGGCAAUAAUGUAGCUUUGGUUAAGCUGGUUACAGGUGAGAGUCAGCCAGAGAGAGGAAUGUAGCUACUGAGAUUUGUAAGUGUUGGGAUUGUAAGUGUUGUUUGUAUUGUUGGCAACUCUCAGAAGUGUAGCGAAGACAGCCAGCCACCAAUCACUGUGAUAAAAAACUGUAAUAUUGACCCCACAACUGUGAGCCCACACAAACCCACCCCAAACCUUGCUCCUGUCCUCUGACCCCUCUCUUCAUGUCUGUACAACCCUACCCUGUUUCCCAUCAGAAAUGUAUUGUUGGAUGUUUGUUUAAAGGAAAGCAAUAAUAACAUUGGUUGAAGGAGUAGGUUGUGUGUGUGUGUGUGUGUGUGUGUGUGUGUGUGUGUGUGUGUGUGUGUGUGUGUGUGUGUGUGUGUGUGUGUGUGUGUGUGUGUGUGUGUGUGUGUGCACUAUGAUCCCCUUGAUCAUUCACUACUUUGACUUUAGAUGUACUGUCUGAUCAUGCCAGAACCCGAGUAACCCACUUGCUAUCCACUUGACCUGCAUGGAACAGAAAGAGUUGUGGUUGUGUAAAGUAGACCAAGGAGACAUGUUAGUGGACUGAGUAACUGGUUAUGGGUUGUUGGAGAGUUCUCUUAAUCCAAAUGUUUUUCUCCCAGUCCCAACAGUGUUUAUUUUUUUGUGUGUGAUUGUGUGUGCUUGAAGGUUGGGGGGGCAAGGAAUCUAACUUCAUACCAGCCAUUCCCUGAGUUUUAUGCAAGCUGUCAAAUGUAUCAUUUUCAAACUCAUCAAGGGAAUGUAGCAACACUGAAAAACAGCUAAAAGUGUCCACUCAUUGUUGAUUUAAGCCUUAAUGACAUUCAUAUUUUACUUUAAGGAAACAUUUGAAUGUUGUGUGCGUGAAUGCAUGUGAUGAGUCCUCUGAUUGUAAGUACAAUUGAAACUGACACAGUACAACAGCAUUUAGUUUCGACAAAUGACAGUGCAGGGUUGAAGGAGGUAAAUCGGCAUGGGUGUGAAAGUGAUAUGAGACUACUGGUGGACAUAACAGAGGCUCUCCAGUCCCUAACCUAAUUCAUACAAAACAUGGUCACAGUAAUGUUACCUCAGUACAUUAUAUCAUCCUACAUCAUAUUAGAUGUAUAGAUCAUCUUGGCACUGUACCGUAACUGAUCUAAUACAUUACAUUUCUCAUAUCGAAGGAAAAUGUGUCACAAACACUCCAGCGAGUAUAUAAAUCAACACUCUGCAAUAAUAAUACAUGUAAAUGAAUCUCCAGUCCAGGUCCAUGCUUUAUCCGCCUCUGUAGCCACAGAUAAUGAAUGUAAGGUGUUGCUCUGUAGAUGUUAGUUGAGUAGGAAGGCUAGAUGUCAGGCUGUUUGAGUCUAUCUACAGAACUCAGGAUCUGUUGUUUAUCAAAGAAACUGUAUAAAACUGAACACUCUUAUAUAUGCAUACAUAUUCAUAAGUCAAUACCCAUCCAUGCAUGAUCAGAACAAGAGAAUGAGAAUGAGAAAGAGAAAGAGAACAGAUCUUCAGCUCAGGAUUUUGUAUUGAGACAUUUGAUCAUCUAUCCCUCCCUCUGCAGGGGGGGUGACAGGGACAGCAGACUGGGCUAUGUGGAUCUAUGGGAGAAGAGUGUUAGACAACUCUCUGACAAUACAUGGGGACUUCAUUUGCUAGGUUUUUUUUAGAUGGCAAGCAUUUUUCCUCAACACCGCCCACCCCCAUUCCAUCCCUGCUCCCUAUAACCAAAAAGAGAUUGAGCCAGUUCUAAGGCUUCCUUCCACACAGUGACAGGUUGAGCGGAGGAGUCAAUGAGAGGGAGGAGUGGAUAGGACUUUAGACUUAUUCAAAGUUAUAGUGAAAAUAUCAUGAACUGAAGGACUAUGGAGGUGACGACAUAAACCAAGUUCAUGCAAAAAAUAUUAACUGUUGCAAAAACUAGAGAACACAUAUACUCCUUUAGAAUGUAUUGAAGACAUUAUUAACGCAAUAGCAUAUUACUCAAUACUUAGGAAUGCAACUGCGCACAUGCACAGAAAAUGUUUUUAAUAUAAAUGAAUAUAUAUAUAAUAUAUGAAAAUAUAUAUUUACUUAGAAUGCUAUGCACCCUUGUCAACAGGAUUAUAGUAAUGUUAUGGAUGUACUUUUGGCAUCAUAGCUACCAAGAGACUGUUGAGUUAUGGGUAAUGCCUGAAACCUGGAAAAAAUAGGGGUCUUGUGGGUAUUUUAACUUGUUUUGUUUGCUUUUUUUAUUGUUAUGAAGAGGUCAAAUAUGGAAAACGUAUAUAAAUGUACAAUCCUUUUAAUCAAGUGGAAUCCAAUGACAUCUAUAGAUAAUCUACCCUGUACACCAGCUCAAAUCAUUUACACAAUUAAUAAAGAAAUUAAAUGUC